AUGUCUUCGUCUAAGCAGGUUGAUGCCGUCGACACGGAUGCGGGAGAGGGAUCGAGCUCCUCUCUCGCCGUGGCUAAGCCCGAGAGCACCGCCGCGCCGGCUGAGCGCAGGUCUACGUUGCCCCCGGUGCUGCAGUUCCCGCUCGUGGCCAUCCUGAGCUUCUCUAUCUCUUCGCUAGGCUACUCCUUCAUCAACGAGUUCACCCAAGGAGAGCUGGCAACUAUCAUGCGCACGCUGGAAACGCCGCGCGAACUGGGUAUUAUGACGGCCUGGAGGUUGACAGAGCUGGCGCUGGGAUGGUUCGCGAACUUCGAUUCGAUUGAUCUCGCGGCGCUGAAUCUGCUUUCGCACAGCCCCACUUUCUACCUCAUGGCUGCGUUCUACAAUCUGAGCACAAAGACUGCGAUCGCAGGCCUCACUGUGGACGUAAUCGCCAGCUUCGUCCCCUUCCUGCUACUGCGCCCGCUUUCUGCCGCACACAAAUCCUCGUCCUCGACGCCCAACCGCGAGAUCAUCGCCGACAAGCCAAUCCAGGUCCUCAGCACGCUCCUCGCGAGCUUCAUAUACAGCGUGGUCCUUUUCCUCUCCUACAAGACCUUCCUGCCCGGCAUCCUGGUCCUGUACUUCAUCGGUAUCCCCACCGUCGAGCCUCUCCACAGCGCCACGAGCAUCUAUGUAUCACCACUCGCAACGACCCUGGCUCUAGCUUCUGGUAUCGCCGCGCGUAGCUUCAUCUUCACACCGUUGGCUGCGACGGGGCGCACGGAGGCAGACGAGAAGGCCGCGCAAUUUGACCCAGUAAAUGCUAGCUUGGGUGAGACGUUGUGGUGGAAUAUCUGGGGAUACACAACACAGACCAAGGUUGGUGUUGCUAGGACAAUAGUUCUCAUGGUUGUCACCGGUAUCAACACAACCCUCCAGGGUACACUCACCAUCAGUGGAGUCGAGGCCACCGGUGCGGCAGUGUAUGCAUCUAUCUGGGUCGUUGCUGCCUUCUUCACGGGCGUCGGCUUGGGGGCCGUGGGAGAGGUGUAA